UUACGGGCGUAUGUCCCAGACCGGAUGUAAGUUUCCACAGGGUUCACCCCACAGGCAUGGACACGAAUCAACACCUACAACAGAGAGACAUCUGAAAAUCAUCAUGUCAAGACUCACUGACUGGGCAGCUGGACGACUCUCAGCCUCAGGUGACGUUAAGUAAGCCCUGUGCCUCACUUUGUGUUCAUAGAAAAUGGCAACAAGGAGCAGGUAUGUGCUGCAGAGAGUGUCCAGUGUCCUCAGAGCUCACGCUGUCUGCUAUCACAGCUCAACACGGACCUCAAGUCAAGGACUCCCGCUGUGGAAACCUCAGUGCAGGUUUCUGAGCUGCUCACACACACUCUACACGUCUGCGACUCCCGCCACAGGUCCCAGCAGUCUGUCAUUCAGGAGUCACACCUGUGGUGAACUGAGAUCAGAUCAUGUGGGAGAGAAAGUCACCCUCUGUGGCUGGGUCCAAUACCUCAGGCAGGACCUGUUCGUCAUCCUGCGAGAUUUCAGUGGCUUGACACAAGUUCUAAUUCCUCAGGAAGAAUCUGCCAGUAAUUUAAAAGCAGUGCUGUGUGGUCUGACGGCCGAGUCUGUCGUCCAGGUCACAGGAACAGUGAGACGACGGCCGGCGGGACAGGAGAACAAGGCCAUGCCAACAGGAGAAAUAGAAGUCUUGGCUGAGGGUGUGGAGGUUUUCAAUGUGUGCCAGAAGUUACCUUUUGAAAUUAAAGACUUUGUCAAAAAAUCGGAAUCCUUGCGGAUGCAGUAUCGCUACCUGGACCUGAGGUCGUCUCAGAUGCAGAAGAACCUCAGACUGAGAUCUCAACUGGUGAUGAACAUGAGAGAAUACCUCUGUAACGUGCAUGGUUUUGUCGAUGUGGAAACUCCUACCUUGUUUAAAAGAACGCCAGGGGGAGCCAAAGAGUUUGUGGUUCCUUCCAGAGAGCCUGGCCGGUUUUACUCUCUGCCCCAGAGUCCGCAGCAGUUCAAACAGCUCCUCAUGGUGGCUGGUAUAGACAGGUACUUCCAGAUGGCCCGGUGUUACAGAGAUGAAGGCUCCAAACCCGACCGGCAGCCCGAGUUCACCCAGGUGGACAUAGAAAUGUCUUUUGUGGACCGGACAGGAAUCAUGUCCUUGGUGGAGGGUUUGUUACAGUACUCCUGGCCUACAGAGAAAGGUUCUAUUAAUGUUCCUUUCCAAACCAUGACAUAUGAAGAGGCCAUGAGGGACUAUGGUGUGGACAAGCCUGAUACCAGAUUCAGUAUGAAGCUCAUGGAUCUCAGUGAGGUUUUCUUAUCCACUGAAAUUGAAUUCCUCAGAUCAGCUCUCAGCCAACCAGAAGGCUCUGUUCAGGCCAUCUGUGUCCCCAGUGGAGCAAAACUGUUCACUGGGAAAGAUUUGGCACAACUGAAACAAACAGCGGAGACUCAGUUUGGACAGGACCUUAGUGUGCUGCUGGUCAAAACUGAUGGGACAUUGAAGUCUCACCUAAAGAAACUGCUGUCUGUGUCAGCCACAGAUGAGCUGCUGCAGAGGACAGGGGCCAAACCUGGAGACCUGCUGCUGAUGGCAGCUGGUUCCCUCCACACAGUGCGCCCGUUGCUGGGUAAUCUUCGCCUGCAGUGUGCGGAGAUCCUGCAGUCUAAUGGAGUUUCGGUCCGUGACCCUUCAGCCUUCCACUUCCUGUGGAUUGUGGACUUUCCUCUCUUCUUGCCCAAAGAAGAGGAACCAGAGCAGCUGGAAUCAGCCCAUCAUCCAUUUACUGCUCCAGUGCCAGAGGAUGCACAGUUACUCUACUCAGAGCCACACAAGGUACGUGGUCAGCAUUAUGACCUGGUGCUGAAUGGCUGUGAGAUCGGAGGAGGCUCCAUCCGUAUCCACAAGGCCUCAGAGCAGCUUCACGUCCUGAAGAAUAUCCUCAAGGAGGACCCCAGUCUUCUCUCUCACCUGCUGGAGGCUUUGGAUUCAGGAGCACCACCACAUGGAGGCAUUGCUCUGGGUUUAGACAGGCUGGUCUCUAUCAUGGUCGGAGCUCCCAGCAUCCGUGACGUCAUUGCCUUCCCCAAGUCAUUCCGGGGUCAUGACCUCAUGAGCUCAGCCCCUGACUUAGUAUCCGAGGAGGAGCUGAAGUCUUAUCACAUCUCUGUCAAAUGGCCCGCAGACCGAAGAGGAGGAGGAGAGGGGAAGUGAGGGGGUAAAAGAAGAAAAGAUACAAAGACAUCAGAGGAGGGCUCAGUGCCUUCCCAAAGCUCUGAAACCCACACAACAGUGGAAAGAGUGUGAGGAUGAGCAGACAAUCAGCAGGCGGUGCAGAGGCUGAAGCCUAUGAAGAUGUCUGCCAGCUGGCUGACAGAUAUGAGGGGGAAGAGAGAAAAUGAGGAGGAGGUGAUGUUGUGGCUGCAUCUCGGUAUCCUUACUUUGAAACUGAACAGAAAAAGGAAUGCGGAAAGCCAGAGCCCUCAGUGUGGAAAUCUGAAGCACCGACUGGUUCAACAAAGAAGAAAAACCUACCAAAUGUUGCUGAACGACACUUUUACUGAUGCGUACCCUCUGUUAUGAUGUUGGUCCCUCCCAGAAUAAUGACAUAAUCCUGUUUUUUUUAAAUAACAUUUCCAAUUAAUGAUUAACAAUUAUUCCUUAAUUUAAAAUGAGUAAUUUUUCACUGACUUGUAGAAUUUCAUACUGGAUAAGAAUAAAACUCUGAAGAAACACUUCAAACCUGUAUUUUGUUGGGAUGCAUAACAAGCGUGAGCACAUUGGAGGCUGGUACUGUCACACAUAGAGCCGCCGGGAGCUGCUCUUAAUGUCCUUUUCAACAUGAUCUCUGAUCAUUUUUGGGAAAACACUAAUAUCUUUCUGA